UCCACCCCCCAAAGGUCACUGGUGCUUGCUUUCUGCCCAUUGCCCCGAUGCCAUGGGGUACCAGUGGGUGGCGAGUGCAGGGGGUAUGAGUGUCCGAGAGUCCAGCCGGGCCACUGACUCCCCUUGGCGUUUGUUCUCUUGCAGGUGCUGCUCCUCUCGGAGGGGGCAGGACAGGGCCAAGUGCCGGGACUGCGCUUGCGUCAUUUACAGCGUGGAGCAGGACUUCCGGCAGCAGGAGGGGCGCCUCCGGAGAGUGCUGACCAGCCUCGGGGCCGGGACCCCCAGCCAGAGGGGCUCCCCAGCGACCCCCAGGCCCAGCCAGCCCCCGAGAGGAGGAGGAGAGGCCCGCAAGACCUGGCGGAGGUGCUUCUGGUUCCUCUGAGGAGGAAGAGGAAGAGGAAUCAUAGCAUCGUAGAACUGGAAGAGACCCCAAGGGCCCUGAUCCAGUCCAACCCUGUUCUGCCAUGCAGGAACUCUCCAUCAAAGCAUCCCCAUUGAGA